ACGUCAGAAACCCUCGCCAUGGUGUACGGGUGCACACAACCACACGCACACUACUACAAGUUGCAAAGGUACGCGAGAGCAUUUGGAUAGACCAUUUUUUGUUUCCUCAACCUCAACCGGAGUGCGAAACUCGUCGCGGGCUCUGGUUUUCCAUUUUCCGGCCCAUCCAACAGCGCAAGAGAUGGCCAGCGGAAGCGUUUAGUGUGUAGUCGGUUCCGCCCCACCCGCCCCCAUUCCCUCGUAUUUCAUCCAAAGGUGUUCUUCGUGUGCUUGUGUUGCCUGCUCCCCUUCCCACCACACGUAUCGGCCGUCCCUGAUGCAUUCGCUGUGUUAAAGCAUAGCCGCCGUGCAUUAUUCCGAGGUGAAACUGCGCGCUCCGUAGUGCCAAAUUUGGGUUUCGAAGUGCUGUUGGUGACGAUUGCCCGUAUUUGCCAUUUGACACGAUUGUUGCACUGCUGGUGCUAACCUAACCUUUCCCAUCACGCAACGCAGUGCCUUCUGGUGGUGGUGGUCGUUGUCGUCGCCGCCAUUCGAGUCGUGUGGUUUGUUGUACGGAAUAUUAUUGUGCUCAGUGAUCGACGAUUGACCUAGUUCUGCAGUGCUGAAAGUGCUCGAAAAGUGCAUCAAAAAGUCCCCAAAACUCCCCCGAGCCAAAAAAAAAAGGCAACGCGAAAAGCGCAUCCCAAAGGCUGUGCUGUGUGCGUUUCACCUUUUCCUUUUCUCACAUCCAUAGAAGAAACAGUCCACGCUGCAGUCAACGCUGACGCCUCUGUUCCGUGUGGCUGUGUGCGUGCGUGUGUAGGUGUGUGUGUGUGUGUGGUGCAGUGAUCCGCAGACUCGUUUCUCAUACCCACUGGUGGCCCGGUGGUUGGCCGCAGGGCGCACAGAUCAACCCGAAAAGAGGAGGCAGCGUGCAGAAAAGACCGAAAAAGAAGCAGCAGCAGCAGUUGUGUGGCUCAAGCGACGCUGAAAUUCUUCUUAGCGUGCGACGCGCUCCUCCCCCACCCCACCAGGUAUGGAAUGAGGACGAAAGUCCAGGAGAAGAAAGGAAAAAUGUCAACGGAUGAGCAACAGCAGCAACAGCAGCAACAGAAUCAAAUCCCCAACAUUGCCGGAACGAUCCUGAUCGGUGGCAUCGGUGGUGGCCUCGAUGGUGGUCAGCACAAGCAGCAGCAACAGCAACAGCAGCAGCAGCAGCAGGCACAGUCCCAGCACAAUUCGCACCAGCAGCAGCAGCAUCAUCUGCACAGCUACAGCCACAUACUACCUCAUCUGCAUCAGUUCAGCACGAUGACCGGCUCGAAUCCGGCCAGCCUGACCGGCGGCUCGAAGCUACCCGCCAAAAGCUCCCCGCUCGGGCCGUCCCCCUUCCGGCAGCUGCUCCCAGUGACGCUCUGCAUCAUAUCGUUCGCCACGGUGCUGAGCAUACUGAUCAUCUACAUGGACACGACUGAGAUACGCCACCAGCAGUUCCGGCUGAACAUGUCGCGCGACUACGACCUGAUGGGCGUACCGCAGGACAACCCGGCGCUGGUCAAGUACGUACGCGACAUACACAUGAAGAAGUACCCGAUGACGUUCAUGCGCAACGCGAACGCACCGGUCGAGCAGCUGAACUUUACCAACCGGCACGAGCUGACACCGGAGAUGGCACACCUGAUAUCGGACCUGCUCGGCCGGAAGCGGUUCGGGACGUUCUUCCAGUCGCUGACCGGCAACAGCGACUCGAUGAUGACGGCCCCGUGGCUGGCGGAAACGAUGAACUGGGGCGGCUACCUGGUGGAACCGGAUCCGCGCAAAUACUUUUCGCUGCGCAAGCAGAACGCCUUCCGCUCGAACGUGCAGGUCAUCCAUGCGUGCCUGUCGCCGAACACGUACCCGAAGGAGGUAACGCUGCACCACGACGACGACAGCGAGGUGCAGAUCAACAGCGUGCUGGACGAGGAGACGGAAUGGUUCCAUCCGCGGGUGAAGUGCUUCCCGGUCUACACGCUAAUGCUGGCCGUCAAUCGAACGUCGAUCGAUUUGCUUAGCCUUGGCUGCCACGGACAGGAAUUGCAGAUUCUUCAAACCAUUCCAUUCGACCGGGUGCACAUCAAGGUCAUCUCGAUCCAUCUCGUGCACUACUUCGAGGAGGACGAAAUGAUGAUCGACGUGGACGAGUACGUGCAGAGCAUCGGGCGCUUCCUGAUGAGCAAAUCGUACAAGCUCGUUCGCAGCAUGGAUCGCAACUUUAUCUACCAGCAUCUGUCUGUGCUGUCGGCGGCCAAGCAGCGGCAGCGCCAGCAGCAACAGCAGCAAUCCUUCUCAGUGGCCGAUCAUAUGCUAGCCUCCUCGCAGCAGCACCAGCAGCAGCACCCCGUCCCUGCCCGCAGUAACGCUAUCAGCUCGGGUGAGAAGCCGGACGCGACGAUGGCUAUCCGCAAGGGUCAGGAAAUUAGCAGCAAUAGCGGAAAGCUACCCAUUUCACUGUCCUCCGCCGCGACUACUACGCCAGCACCGGCAACGACCACAUCAACCACGGCUGUACCAUCGUCCACCGCUGCCAGUGCGACCGAUGGCAGUGUGGCGUUUAGCUCGGAACGAUUCGACAAGCUAAUGCUGUUGCGCGGUGGCGACUCGGAACCGUUCGAUGCAAGCGAUUCGGAGUUUGCCGGCAGUUCCGACUCGAGUGCAAUGGAGAAUGGGUCCGACAGUGAGGACGAAGCGCAACAACAACAGGCCGAACAAGACAAGCCGGCGGAGGUUGUUGAUCUGGAGCAAACGGUGUCACUGAUGGAACCGCUCGACGAGACAGAACUCGAGGAUGGGUCGGUACGUGUGGCUGGAUCAUCAUCACCGCCUCCGAUGGUGACGUCGCUGAAAUGAGCGGAAACGGUGUUGUUACCUACCAUCCACCAACUUCCCUCAGGAGAGCCAGUACGCUUGAAUCGGAUGUUUUUUUUUUUUUUUUAAAUACUUAAAGCUACCAGUCCAGCAUUCCACUUUCUUAUCGUUUUACACCUUAACCGGUUUCGAUGGGCACGCGCACGGCUGUCCAUUUAGCCAGAGACCAGUCGGUGAUAGAGAAUUGCCUUAAUAAUGUUUGAUGUUUUAAUUUUUCACUUCAUAGUUUUUAAUAGUUUUUUUUUUCGGGGCGUACCUUGCGUGUACAGAGAAAGAGCAUAAUACAUGAAUAAUACUUUUCUACACGGUAUUACCCCUCUCAGACGGAUCUGAACAGUGAACUAACAGAAUCUUUUGAACGAAUGGAAACAUGCAUUUAAUUGCUUCUUUUUUUUUUUUUGGGGAAUUCAUUUUGCAUUAAAUAAGAUUUUCAUUUUAUACACAUUUUUAUCGUAAUUGUACUUUUGCCUACCAAUUAAAACAAUAUCAGUGUGGGUUGCAAACGCGUGACAGCAAUUUGAAAGUGAGAUAGAAUAUUAUUGAUGAUAAAGGCGAAUGGGAAAUAUCGUUUUAUCUGAAAAGAGAGCAAGCAAAACAAUCCUCGAAUCAUUGCCGAAAAAGCAAUAAGAUACACAAUUCUUUCAACUAUAUUUAGAUAGCAGCAGUACGUUACGUUACUUACGAUUAGGAAACUUUUAGUUAUAUUUCUACAACACACAUGCACACACACACAGUUUUAGUCUAAAUUUCACUUUCUCAACGAGGAGCAAAGAACAAAGCCCGAUUAUUGGGAAUAAUCGUGCCCUCCCUUAGAGACAUUGAACAUGACGGUUGCAUUUGUGAGGAAAGCGCAACGAUUUGAACAGAACAAUCGAGCAAAACCUUGCUUCGAACAAACACUGAUUCCUUUCUAUACAAUUAUUACCUGUGCACUAGUUCGAAGCGUAUUUACAGAUAGUUUAUAUUAGCGUGGAAAGAGCAUUGCAUUUGGUGGAUAGGUUUUGUUAAAAGUUUGGAGCAAGGGAGAACUGCAAAUUUGAAAUCCCGUAGUGCGAUAAUAUACGGUUAAAAAUUAUAUACAUAUAUAAACUCCCUAUACAUAUAUUUAUACACACAAUUACAAUCGUUAACGAAUGCUCUCUUAAAUUUCAAUCGUUUCUCAUCGUUGUUAGAUGUUAGAAGAGUACGACCGCCGGUACGUCUCGCCCGUCUCGCUUAACACCUGAUACACAUAUAGAUACAAUGUUACGUACUUUUGUUCCGUUCCGGGUUUGCUUCAUCCGGUGCAGAAAUUUAUAGCGAAGGAGGUGGUAGGAACCGGCCACCAACACAUUGAAAAGCUCAACGACUCUCUGCUAGUGACUUACCAUAUCUGGAAAUGAUUCCUAUUUUAAAUAUUGCUCAGAAAAGCGGAAGAGGAAGAGAGAAACACAAGUGAACCUGAUAUCAGCAAUCAUGAUGGAAGCGAAACAAAUCGAAUGAAAACGAACGCGACUUUAGAUAGCAAAUGAAUGUGCACGACUAAGGGAAAAGAUUUAAAACAUGCAUUUGCUUUCCCAUUUUCGCGAGCGAGGAUCGCGUACGAUCGCACCAACGUGUUGAAUCUCCCAACACCACACACAUCGGUGACACAGAAGAGAGAGAGAGAGAGAAAAAAAGAAACACGCAACUGAAAAGAAAAACAACUGGAACACAGAGUGAGAAGUGAUGUAGUUUUAUACAUUCGCACCACGGUUGAAUGUCUCGUUUUGUUCGGUCCGGUGUUUCUACCGUCUCCGCACCGUGAACGCCGUCGUGGUGGAUCCCUUUUAAUAAUUAAGCAAAUAAUUGUAAGAGCAGAACGGUGUAAGAUGGAUCUGUCCGUGUGGUGUGGAGUUCACCUUGUACCCUGAUACUACUAUUAUUAUCAAAUAUUGCGAACGAUUGGCGCGUGAAGAGAGAUAGAGAGAGAGGAAGAAAAACGAAUAAUCUCGGGAACAUGUAAUAAAGACGGACGAUACAUUUCUUUUUACUUUAAA